AUGAGAGGAGAGACAACUGUUGGUAAAAUAAUUGCAGAAACGACAGAAGCUAUUUGGGAGUGUCUACAACCUACCUAUUUACCAGUACCAAGUUUAGAACUAUGGAAAAAUAUUGCUGCACGUUAUGAUCUCUUAUGGCAACUACCUCAUUGUUUGGGCUCAAUCGACGGCAAACACAUACGCAUAAAAAAAUUCAAUAACACAGGAUCAAGAAAUUUUAAUUAUAAAGGUUUUUUUUCAAUACAACUACUUGCUUGUGCAGACGCAGACGGCUGUUUUAUCACUGUGGAUAUUGGUGAUUUGGGUAGAAAUAGUGAUGGGGGUGUAUUUAGAUUGUCUCGUUUGGGUAGAUGGUUAGAAAUUGGAGGAAUGAACAUUCCACAAUCAGAACCUUUACCAUACGACAACGAAGGUCCCAAUUUUCCAUAUUAUUUUUGUGGGGAUGAAGCUUUUCCUUUAAAAUCUUAUUUGCUACGACCAUAUCCAAAGAAGACUUUAAACGAUCAAAAACGAAUUUUCAAUUACAGAUUAAGUAGAGGUAGAAAAUCAGUCGAAUGCGCCUUUGGAAUGAUGGUUUCCAAGUUCAGAGUUUUUGAAACACCAAUCGCGUGUUCUGAGUCAACUGUAAUAUCUAUUGUAAAAUGUGCUUGCGCUUUUCACAAUUACAUACGUAAAACUGAGGGAAAGUUAUAUGAAUCACAAAAUAUGGACAGUCAAGAUGAAAUUAAUAUUCCUCAGCAUUUAGCUCAACACCAACAAGCAGUUCAUAAUUUAUCGACAGCAAGUUCUGUGCGAGAAUAUUUAUCAAAUUAUUUUUUAAGACCAGAAGUUUCAUUACCGUGGCAGUGGAAAUACACAGUUGAACAAAACAUUUAG